AUGUUCGCCUGCCAGAGGGGAUAUUGUCCUUCUCCGAUCUGUCAGGAAUAUUCCGCCGACGAUUUUGUCUGUGGAGCAUCCGAGGACGACUACGACGUCGAUUGCGGAGAGACUAUGCCUUGCGACUUUACCAAAAGCUAUGAUACACUAGCUGACUUGGCCAAUGUGAUGGAUACUAUGGAUAUGUACUGCAUCAAUUAUUAUUCCAUCAACGUCCUAGGUCGCAUGCUUGAUGAUGCGAUGGUCGAUUACAACUCGGUCGUUGCCGGAGACUACGACAAGAAAUUCAACGAUUAUGUCGAUUACAUCAAGGACACUAUACCUUUGCAGCUCCGGCAGUUUCUCUUGGGUUCAAACAGUACCGUGAGCCGCGGCAAUAAAUACUUUGAAUGUGCUUUUGGAACAGGACCGCGACAAGCAUGCCCCAUUGACACCAAUUUCUACACUGGUCGAGUUACAGUUACUUACUACCUAGUCGACGCAGAUUGCUUUUACGCUGAUCUGGCCGCAACAUAUGGGAUUCAAAAGGAAUGGGUGGAAUUCGGUGAGUACGACGAGACUCAGUGCCGUGGUACCGUCGUGGGCGAUGAGCAAUGCACAAUCUAUUACGGUUUCCCGCUCAAAUCAAGCAAUGUCACCGUGGACAACCCAAAGGAUAUUAUUACCAAGGCUCUGCCUGGUAUUCGGAGUCUCAAUACGACAAUUGCCCUGACGCAGCUCGAGAUCAACGCGGGAACGUGGACUGGUGUUCUGGACGAUGUGAUCCAAACCAUCUCCAAGGCUGUCUUUCUUGUUCAGCAAGCCAUUGAUUCUAUGAAAAGUGUCGUGAAGAUUGCAGAUGACUACGAAGACGAGAAGGAGAAGAGACUGGUGGAGACCAUCCUUGGCGUUGUUCUUCUCGUCCUGCCAUUUGUGGGCGAGCUGGAUUAUUUCACGGAGAGCAUGGUCGUUUUGGGUCGCAUGCUGCCGCUUGCUACUGACGUCGGUCUUGUAGGAACGACUAUAUAUAGCGUCGUUGAGGAUCCAUCGUUGGCUCCCUUGACCAUCCUCACGGCACUGAUGGGAGGUGCCAGAACACCGGAGACAUUUUCGACCACCGCUGCUGCGCGGCGAAAGAUGACUGACGAGGAUAUUGAAGCUUUAGGGCCAGUGUUCAAAAAUAACAAUAUGAAUUACCAGAGUGUGGCUGGACAAUGCAGGAAAGAGUUGAGUGCAUAG